AUGCAUUCAUGCGGAGCUCGAGUCAAUGCGACUUCGCGGUGUGUUCGUGCAACCAAGCUACCUAACGGACCACGCGCCAUUGGUAAGAAGUGGGUCUUCAAGAUCAAGCGUAAAGCGGAUGGAUCUAUAGAGAAGUACAAGGCACGACUUGUGGCCAAGGGUUUCCGCCAAAAGUAUGGCAUCGACUACACGGAGACAUUUUCGCCUGUGGUCAAGUAUGUGACUCUGCGAAUGGAUCAAGUGUUUUGUGUGAUUCCUGAAGGCGUCAACCUUGAUAUGUCAGGCUUCGACCCAUGUCUCUACAUCAAGACUUCGGACGGCCAUUGUGUGCUUGUACUGGUCGACGUGGAAGACGUCUUGGUGACUGGAAGCUCGCUCGAGCUAAUUACACGAAACAAGAACGACCUGAAGACACGUUUUGAGAUGACAGACAGCGGCAAAUGUGCAUUUGUUCUAGGGAUCGAGCUUUUGGACGGUGAAGAUGGCAGUGUGACUCUGUGUCAGCGCCGUUAUGUCGAUGAUAUCCUCAAGCGCUUUGGAAUGGAGGAGUGCAAGGCUGUGGCGAGUCCUGUGGAUGUCAGUUCUCGAGUGAUGUCAAGCAGCACUGCGAACAAGAUCGAUGUUCCAUUCCGUGAAGCUGUUGGUCCCCAAGAAGAACACUGGGUUGCGGUCAAGCGCAUCUUUCGCUACCUACAAGACACCAAGAUGCAUGGAAUGUGCUCCAAGCCAAGUGCAAGGAUCGACUUUCGUGGCUAUUCGGACGCAGACUGGGCCGGCGACCUUACUGAUCGCAAGUCAACGUCUGGCUACGUCUUCAUGCUAUUGGGUGCUCCAGUGAGUUGGGUCAGCAAGAAGCAGCCAAGUGUGUCACUGUCUACAAGUGAAGCGGAGUACAUUGCGCUAAGUCUGGCGAUUCAAGAAGACAAGUGGAUCCACCGCUUACUGUGCGAGAUCAUGGCAGCUGCUAAUGAGGACGGACCCGAUCUCAUGGUCCGAGAAGAAAACUUGUCCUGCAUCAAAAUGACCAAGAAUCUGGUCAACCACGGCCGCGCCAAACACAGUGAUAUCAAAUACCAUCACAUUCGCGAUGAAGUCAAGCGCGGUGAAGUGAAGCUUGAAUAA